AUGGGAGUGAACUCUGAUUAUAUGAGGCUCACAUUAUUCCCUUUUUCUCUGCUGAGGGAAGCAAAAAGAUGGCUGAACUCUGAGCUCGCAAAUUCCAUAACAACUUGGGAUGAUCUUACCCGAAAGUUUUUGAUAAGGGUUUUUCCAUCCGGUAAAACAGCCAAGCUGAGAAGCGACAUAUUAAGCUUCCGACAAAAAGGAGGGAAAAACUUGUACCAGGCUUGGGACAGGUUUAAGUUCCUGCUGCUAAGCUGCCCACAUCACCAUCAAGCUAAUGAAGUGUUGGUCCACACCUUCAUUGAAGGGUUGGAACCGAACACAAAAGUUUUACUUGAUUCUGUUGCAGGUGGACAAGCUUUGGAGAAGACAUAUGCUGAGUUGUUUACAUUACUUAAUAGAAUUUCACAGGGAAACCCCAAGUGGAAUGGCGGAGGAGCUAAAUCGGUCGUACAGAAGACUACUGGAGUGUUGGAAAUAGAUACAGUGACAGCUUUAUCGGCACAGAUCGCAGCAAUGCAGAAUAUGAUGACUACUUAUUUCAGCAACAUGUCACUAGGACAACAACAAGCCCAAGUUUAUGUGGUACAUCAACCACAAGCUUGGUGUGAAGUAUGUGGAGGUGGAGAUCACAGAGCCAAAGUAUGUGGAGCAAACCCAGACUCUGUUCAUUUUAACCAAUACAGACCACAGAGUAGUGGACAACAGUACCAUCAGCAAAGCCAUGAAAAUCAGCAAAAUCAUGAUAAUCAGCAGGCUGCCAAGCAAAGUGAUAUGAGUGUGGAGGACAUGCUAAAACAAAUCAUGGCAGAUCAAGCUAAAUUGGCAGCAGAUGGUUUGUCGGGAAAUAUCGACUCGAACCCGAAGCAGGUAAAUGUUGUGAGCACUCGGAGUGGUCGUCCAUUGGAGGAGUUGACGCCAAAGGAAAAAGUAGCUCAAGAAAAAGGAACACAUGUAGAUGAAGCAAAAUCAAGUGAACAAAGGGUGAAUGAGGAACCAAAAGUACAUGUUAACUUGCCUCUGAUAGAUGUGUUGCAGGGCAUUCCUAAGUAUGCCAAAUAUGUGAAAGAUGUGGUAGCCAACAAGAACAGAUUGACUGAAUAUGCAACAGUAACACUCACGGAGGAGUGCAUUUCUAGGAUCCAGAAUAGGCUCCCAAUUAAGUUGAAAGAUCCAAGAAGUUUUACUGUUCAGAUACAGAUUGGCAAAUGUGUUGAGGCAAGAGGGUUGUGCGAUUUGGGUGCAAGUAUCAAUUUAAUGCCUACUUCUAUGUUUCUCAAAUUGGGACUAGGUAAACCCAAUCCCACAACCAUUAUGUUGCAGUUAGCGGACCGUUCAAUGUCAAGGCCAGAUGGUGUUAUUGAAGACAUCUUAGUUCAAGUGGGAACUCUGAUUUUCCCCGUGGACUUUGUCAUUCUGGAUUUUGAACUUGACCCAAAUGUCCCAUUUAUUUUGGGACGCCUAUUUCUAGCAAUCGGAGGUGCAUUAAUUGAUGUGGCGGCCAGUAGACUCAUCAUGAGGGCUCAUGAAAAGGUCGAGGUAUUUGUUGUAUACAAGGCAAUGAAGUUGCCUGCAAUAUAUGAGGAGCUGUCUGCAAUUACAGUCAUUGAUAAAGCUAUGGCAUCUAAAUAUGUUGAAGCCCAAGACCCUUUAGAGAAAGUGCUAAUUAUGCAAGACAUUGAGGGAGAUAUUGUAGCCCAGGAGUUGGUUAACGUCCUAAAUGUCCCAAAUGUGAGUAUGCUUCGUAAGUUCGUGGAGCCAUUAAAUAGAGUCCUGAGAUCACCUCCGAAGCCUUCGAUUGAGGAAGCACCAAAGUUGGAGUUAAAGGCUCUCCCUUCUCAUAUCAGGUUGAGGCGUCUCUGA